AUGGCGAAUUCAGCAGCAGCUUUAGUCGUACCGGCUCUCAAACGGCAUACGUCGACCGUCAUCGUCGCCCAUGGGUUGGGAGAUAGCGGUGCAGGAUGGAUGUUUCUCGCCGAGCAAUGGCGCAUGAAAGACAAAUUCCCCGAAACCAAAUUCAUCCUCCCCAAUGCUCCACAAAUUCCCAUAACAAUCAAUAUGGGCAUGCGAAUGCCCGGCUGGUACGACAUCGCCGACUUCUCCUCUCUCGCGGAAACACGCAGCGAAGACGAAACGGGGAUUAUGCGGAGUCAAAAGGUCUUUCAUACCCUGAUCGAGGAGGAGAUCAAAGCCGGGAUCCCAUCCGAGAGGAUCGUGCUGGGUGGCUUUAGUCAGGGAGGUGCUAUGAGUCUACUAGCCGGUGUCACGAACCCGACGAAAUUGGGCGGCAUAUUCGGGCUUUCAUGUUAUCUGCUUCUUCGCGAGAAAGUGCAGAGCUUGGUCCCGGCGGAGAACCCGAAUAAGGCUACGCCCAUCUUCAUGGGCCACGGCGAUGCGGAUCCUGUGGUGAGGUAUACAUGGGGUCAACAGACGGCGGCGAAAUUGAAGGAGUGGGGUUGGAAUGUGGAUUUUAGGACGUAUAGGGGACUUCCACACAGUGCGGCGCCGGAGGAGAUUGAUGAUUUGGAGAGGUAUCUAAAUGAGAGGAUUCCACCGCUUGGGGAGAAGAGUGCAUGA